CGCCGGCCUGGCGCUCAGGCUCACCCGGAGAGGCCGUCGCGGUGACCUGUGCGGCCGAUGCAGUCCGGACCCACUGAUGCAUGGCAGCCAGAGCAGGGCCACAACCUGAGUGACACAGACAGGACCUGAUGGUCCAAAGACCACAAGAUCCAGGCACUAAGACGUGAAAAGAAGGCAGUGGCUCAGGAAGCAGCGAUGGAGGGACGCUUGCCCGUGGCCACUCCCCAGGGCCCCGAGGUGGGGGACACUUGGGAACAAGAGGGUCGGUUCACGGACCGGCAGGAGAACCAGGAAAGCUGUGUGAAGCGAGAGGCCACGGCCCACGGGCAAGAGCCCACCAGGGAUGGGGUGCCGGAGGGGGGCGAGCUCGGUGGGGUGCCAGGAACCGGGUCCAGCCCUCCCCCGCCCCAGGCCGGCAGCAGGCCCCAGAGGCGCGGGGCGCCCAGGAAGAACCCCAAGCAGAAGAGGGCGGACUCCGGCGAGGAGGAGGGGGAAGGGGGCGGCCCCCGGAAGCCGUGGAAGUGCGGGGACUGCGGCAAGGCCUUCAGCUACUGCUCGGCCUUCACCCUGCACCAGCGAACCCACACGGGCGAGCGGCCGUUCGCGUGCGCCGACUGCGGCAAGGCCUUCAGCCAGAGCAUCCACCUGACGCUGCACCGGCGCACGCACACGGGCGAGCGGCCGUACGCGUGCCCCGAGUGCGGCAAGGCCUUCAGCCAGGGCUCCUACCUGGCGUCGCACUGGCGCACGCACACCGGCGAGCGGCCGCACCGCUGCGCCGACUGCGGCAAGGCCUUCGCGCGCCCCACGCACCUGGCGCAGCACCGGCGCGUGCACACGGGCGAGCGGCCGUACGCGUGCGGCCAGUGCGCCAAGGCCUUCCGCAACCGCUCGUCCCUGCUGGAGCACCAGCGCGUGCACACGGGCGAGAAGCCGUACGCGUGCGCGCGCUGCCACAAGGCCUUCCGCUUCUCGUCGGCGCUCAUCCGCCACCAGCGCACGCACACGGCCGAGCGGCCGUACGCCUGCGGCCAGUGCGCCAAGGCCUUCACGCAGCUCGCGCACCUGGCGCAGCACCGGCGCGUGCACACGGGCGAGAAGCCGUACGCGUGCCCCGAGUGCGGGGCACCCUUCAGCCAGAGCGCCUCCCUGGCCGAGCACCGGCGCAUCCACACGGGCGAGAAGCCGUACGCGUGCGCGCAGUGCGGCAAGGCCUUCACGCAGGUGUCGCACCUGGCGCAGCACCGGCGCGUGCACACGGGCGAGCGGCCGUACGCGUGCGCCGACUGCGGCCGCGCCUUCAGCAACCGCUCGCACCUGGCGCAGCACCGCCUGGUGCACACGGGCGCGCGGCCGUACCGGUGCCCGGAGUGCGGGGCGGCCUUCGGCCACGUGUCGUCCCUCAUCGAGCACCAGAAGGUCCACACGGGCGAGAAGCCGUUCCGCUGCGGGGACUGCGGCAAGGCCUUCAGCCAGGGCUCGUCGCUCACGCUGCACCGGCGCACGCACACGGGCGAGCGGCCGUACGCGUGCCCCGAGUGCGGCAAGGCCUUCCGCAACCGCUCCUACCUGAUCCAGCACCACAUCGUGCACACGGGCGAGAAGCCCUACGAGUGCGGCGGCUGCGGCAAGGCCUUCAGCUUCUCGUCCGCGCUCAUUCGGCACCAGCGGACGCACGCCGACGCGCCCUGCGCGCGCGGCCGCUGCGGGGACGCCGUCGCCCCGCUGCCGCACCUGACUGCGCCCCCGGGCUCCCCCCGGCAGGAGGCCCCCCCGGGCGGCGGCGGCGGCGACCCUGCGGGAAGUGCCGCAGGCCCGCAGGACGAGCUGAUGCUUAACGGGGACCUCUGACCGGGUACCGCGCCCAGCACUGUUACACCCCGCUUCCAACCAGAUGGCGCCCAAGGGAGGCACCCUGUUCUCGCCGAGGUGCCCGUGGGAAAACCGAGGCCCAGAGAGGCUCAGCGACCUGCCCGAGGUCACAGGGCCAGGACUGGGCUCCACAUCUGCCGGACUGCCCCUUCCCAGCACACACGCUCCCUGCCUCCUGGUUGGAAACUAUAAAUGUGAACCCACGAAAGUAGACCCCAAAGAAGUGUCUGUGUCUCUAGGUAGCCUUUUCAUGGUCGAAGGUUUGAUGAUAACAUAGGCAUUUGUUCAAUAAAUUCAAUUGGAUAAAAA